UAAGGAAGCGGAAGAGUUGCUAAGGCAAAAGAUGGCUGGUGUGGUGUGGCUGGCCAUAGUGGUGCUGUCAUUUGCCUGUGCUGAUCGUGGCAAGGCUUCAAAUUAUGGCGAUAGUUUUCGGGAAGAGCUGUUGCUUACUCCUUUGCGGUCUGGAGACAUAGCUGCUACCUUCCAGUUUCGAACACGCCUUGACUCUGACCUAGGAAAGGAGAAGGUCUCCCACUACAGGAUUUUUCCAAAGGUGCUUGGCCAGGUCAUCUCUAAAUACUCUGUUCAGGAACUGCACUUGUCCUUUACUCAGGGUUUCUGGCGGACAAAGUACUGGGGGCAACCUCUUCUACAGGCACCAACUGGAGCAGAACUGUGGGUCUGGUUCGCGAAUUCUGUUACAGAUGUCAACAAAAACUGGAAAGAUUUGAGUAACAUCCUUUCAGGUAUAUUCUGCGCAUCCCUGAAUUUCAUAGACUCAACGAACACUGUUUCUCCUUCAGCAUCUUUUAACCCCCUGGGCCUGGCCAAUGGUACAAAUCAUCAUCUGCUGAGGUACUCUAUCUUGCCUAGGGAAAUUGUGUGUACAGAAAACCUGACACCAUGGAAGAAGCUUCUGCCAUGUGGAUCCAAGGCUGGCUUGGCUUCCCUACUAAAGUCAGAACGUUUAUUUCAUAGCAGCUACCACUCCCAGUCUGUACAUAUUAGACCAAUAUGCAGGAAUGAAAAUUGCUCAAGGGUUUCUUGGGAAUUAAGACAGACCCUUACAGUUGUGUUUGACAUGUAUUCCAGUGGACUGGGAAAAAGAGACUGGUCUUUGUUUAAGAUGUUUUCUCGCACUGUAACAGAAGCUUGUCCUGUAGCAAAGCAAAGCAAAAUCUAUGUGGAUACAUCUGGAGGAGAAAAGGAAAUUGAUAUAUAUGAUGUUGCACCUCUCACAUCUCUGGAGACACAAGUAACUGUCCAGGGAGACCGUAAGUUGUAUGCAGAGUAUGACCUUCUGGAACCUGGACUUUUCAACACCACUAGGAACCUCAAUAUAGCACUUAAAUGGAAGGGAGGAUCCUUAGACUCAAGUUUGCCCAAUCUCCCAGUCUUUCAUGCUGAGCGUUACGUGAGUGGCUACGGUUUGCACAAAGGAGUCAUUAACACACUGGUGUUUAAUAACCACCCAUACCGAGCUUUUCCAGUUUUGGUAAUGGAGACGGUACCGUGGUACCUCCGCUUAUAUGUUCACACACUGACCAUAAUCACCAAGGGCAAGGAAAACAAGCCAAGUUACAUUCAUUAUGAGCCAGCAAAAGACCGUCAGCGCCCACAUCUGUUGGAAAUGUUAAUACAGCUGCCUCCUAACUCUGUUACUAAGAUCAGCAUAGAGUUUGAGAGGGCACUGCUGAAAUGGACAGAGUACCCACCUGAUCCCAACCAUGGAUUCUACGUUAGCCCUUCUGCACUCAGUGUACUGAUUCCAAGUGUUAUCAGCACAAAAACGGACUCACUGGAGAAUAGUCCCCUCUUUACCACACUGUUCCCAUCCACAGACAGCUCUAGUUACUUUAUACGUCUGUAUACUGAACCCCUACUUGUGAAUCUUCCUACGCCAGACUUCAGCAUGCCCUACAAUGUCAUCUGCCUGACCUGCACUGUGGUGGCUGUAGGCUAUGGCUCCCUGUACAACUUGCUUACUAGGACCUUCCAGGUGGAGGACAGCAAAGGUGGUGGUUUGGUAAAAAAGGUAGCGAACAUUAUCCGUCGUCUACGUGGAGUUCCACCUCUCUGAGCUUCUGUGGAACUUUGUAUUGAGGAAAAAGAGAACCUAAAAUGCACUGACAUGAAGCAGCUAUACAUUUAAGACUUGAAUGAAAUGAUUAGCCUCAAAUUGGAAUAAAUUAAGGUGACUUUGUGUUCUUUGUGUUUUUGAUGGGUAUAAUUUAAAUGGGCUAGGCUCCAUCCUGCCUCUCUUGUGACGAUAAUCUCAGCCAGUUGGUGGUAAUAUUGGAUGAUAUAACCUCUGCUUUUCAGUGACUGAGAUUUCUGAUCUUGCCAUUUUGUACAGAGUGGUUUAUUAAAAUUAACUGUUCACAGCCAAGCCAUAAAUUAUGUGUUGUUGUUUGUUUUAUCCUGUGUGGGGUUUUUUUUUGUUUUGUUUUUAAUAAAAUCUCUUACAAAGAA